AGAGAGUCCGGCAAGGAAAUAUCUAUUGCCAUGUGACUGGUAGAUUGAUGCGGAAACAUCUCAAGCAAAUUUAAGAAGAUGGUACAUCCAUCAGAAGAUAAACUUUGAGAGUGUAGAUAUGUAGAUGUGGAUCUUAGGAAAUCCAGUGAAGAUUGAAGGAACUGAGUUCUCUAAUAAGAGGGCUAUAUACAUCAGUAAUCAUGCAUAUCCCAUAGACAUUUUCCUCAUAAUGUGGUUGACUCCAACAGGGCACUGUUGGCAUUGCAAAGAAAGAGGUGAGUGUUACCACUGUAAUUUAUGCAUCCUAGAUUUGCCCGAAGGCUUUAACUAGCAAGGUUUCCCUAGCAACCUGCUUUGCAAAAUUGUACUACAUCUUCUACUUGCAAUUAAUGAUGAUCAAUUAAACCACAAAGAGUAAACAUUUCUCAUUUAAUCAAUAAAUAAGAGUGUUGCAA